ACAAAUGAUGGUCUUUGGGAUAGAAAUAACACUGUGGUUAGUGCUCGGUGUGAUACUAUCAUUAAUUGUAGCUGCAGUAGUAUUUUUCUUCAUACUACUGCAACUGUUUAUCUACAUGACAACUGGGGUUUGCAAAAGCACGAGAAAAAUGAACGGAAAAACAGUAAUUAUUACGGGAUGUACAUCGGGCAUUGGCAAAGAAACUGCGCGGGAUCUAGCACACCGCGGGGCUAGGUUGAUAAUGGCCUGUCGCAAUGUCCAAGCUGCUAAUAAGUUGAAAGAAACUUUCCGAAAGAAGACAACCGAAGAUGGCCUUGAAAUGACCAUGGCGACAAAUCAGUACGGACCUUUCCUACUGACUCACUUGUUGAUAGAUCUUUUAAAGCGUUCCAAACCAUCUAGAGUCGUUGUGGUAGCAUCCGAAUUGUAUCGACUUGCUUCCUUAAACCUGGAUAAUUUGAACCCAGUGACAACCUUCCCAGCUUACUUGUACUACGUCUCCAAGUACGCGAAUAUAGUCUUUUCUUUAGAAUUAGCACGACGUCUAGAAGGAACUGGAGUUACUGUCAAUUGUUUGCAUCCCGAACUGGAAGGAGUCACUGGAAAGUACUUCUUGGAUUGCAGGGAAUACGGCCUGUCAUCUGGAGUCCAAGACCCGGCAAAGGGCAAGAAGUUCUGGGAGCUAAGUGAGACUAUUGUUAAGCUACAACCUACAGAUCCUAAAAUC